AUGACAGGCGACAAUAGAAGACCAACGAUAACGCUACAACCUCUAGAGGAGGAAGAAGAAACCUUUGGAGAAAUAGAACAAGAAGGACAAGGAAGUAGACAAAGAGAAUAUCAAAGAGAAUAUCAAAGAACAAACGAAACAUUGAAUACUGGACGAUUAUACAUAACCAUACAACCAUUUGGGGAAAUGACAGUGAAGACCCAGAAGAAUGAACAUUUCGAAACAUCAGCAAUGUUAAUGAGUAUUGAGUGCCAGUUUGCUAACCUUAAGAGAAUUGUGGAUCCAAAAAAUGCCUUACCAGACGAUUAUCAAAUUAGAUUAUUUUUGAAUGGGUUAAAACCGAGUCUUGCCGCGAAAAUAGCGAAAGACCCGAAUUAUUUGGAUACUGCAAUCAGGGUAGCAAGAACCGCAGAAGUGGCUUUACAAAUGGAGCAACUUACCUUAAAUUAUGCAAAAAUUGUAAAUGUUUUAGCAGUUCAAACAGGAAUUUCAAACCUAAAGCCGCUCCCAUCAUAA